AGCCUCGUUCCUUCACAUCCUCCAGCAUUUCCUCGCAUCCCAGUUCUUCAAAACACAAACCAUGAGGAACGAGGAGAAAAUAGGAACUUUAGAGGACACGGCGCAAAAGAGACGAGAGAGGUUGCUUGCCCUGAAGAGGAAGAGGCAAGGAGAUUCUGAGGAUAAGGAUGAUAAUGAAGAAGAAAAGGAUAAUGAAGAAUUGCCUUCCUCUCAGGUCUUGUUUAGAAAUUACAAGCCAAGAGAUGAAGGCUUAGAAGAGGUUGCCCUCCCAGCUGUAGAGCCAGCCAAGGUUGAAGAAUUGGUAAAACAGCAAUUGAAUGAUGGAGAGAAAGCCAAGGAGGAAGUGCAGGUGGAGAUAACAAACCUGGCACCCAAGAAAAUCACCUUCGACCUGAAGCGUGGUAUUCAAGCUCAGUUGGACAAACUUGAUCGGCGCACAGACAAAUCUAUUGCUGAACUCAUUAGACAGAGACUGAAGGAGGGCAAACAACAAGACUUCCUCAUUGCCGUGAAUGCAGGUGCUCAAGCACAACAGAAGGCUGGAUAUGAUUCUGAUGAAGACUGAAUGAAGAAAAGGGGGAGAUUCAAAAUAUAUAUAUUAGGGGAGGCAAUUUUUUUUUUUCUAUGUGAUAUAUAUUUGAUCUUAGAAUUUUAUGUCUCUCUGUUUUGUUAUAACAAAAUAUAUUUUACUAUGUAAUAAUUUUCAUUUACAUUUUCAACAGUCCCUGUUUUUAAAGAAAUAAAGAAAGACAGGUAUCAAAUUUUGAAUAAACUUUGAAAAUUU